AACCGUUGCCAAGGAGCUCGACUCUGGGAGCGGUCUAGAGCCCGGGCGCCUCCUGGGGGGUGGGGAAACGGUUUCGUGAGGAGAAUUUGAGGUAACCUCGCCAACUCGCGGUCGGAAGCUCCUCUGAACCCCGAAAUAGGAGAGAGCUCCCGUCCUCUCUCGGUCCUGAUGCAGCACCUCGCAAGUGGAAGGGGUCGUCGCGGUUAAGCCCCCGGAUAGGGGAAUCGGGCCCCUGCUGGGAUUCGAGCGGAUCCAGGCCGCUCCCUGGCGGGAUGAACUGUCGAGGGGCCCAGGGCCGCCCCCGCUGGAGGCCCGGUCGGGUGUGGGGUCCCCUGUCCCCUGUCCCGAGCCCGGGGAGGGAGACACUAUUUCUGGUACUCCCAGGAGGCUGCGGGUCGAUGCUCGUGCCAGCCUGGGACCCAGGCAGCACGGUUUCUGUCCCAAAUUGUGCCAGAGAACACGCACGUCCUGGUUUUCAUUGUUCCCCGCCCCCUGCGACUCGUUUGUGGUUAAAAUUAUAAGACCUAAUUAUGAGUGAUCAAAUUAAAUUCAUUAUGGACAGUCUCAAUAAGGAGCCCUUUAGGAAGAACUAUAAUUUAAUCACGUUUGAUUCCUUGGAGCCAAUGCAACUAUUACAAGUUCUCAGUGAUGUUCUGGCUGAGAUUGACCCAAAGCAACUUGUGGAUGUCAGAGAGGAGAUGCCAGAGCAGACAGCCAAACGAAUGUUGAGCCUUCUUGGUAUUCUUAAGUACAAACCUUCAGGAAAUGCCACAGAUAUGAGUACUUUUCGUCAGGGUUUGGUGAUUGGAAGUAAACCUGUAAUUUACCCAGUGCUCCACUGGCUUCUUCAGAGGACUAAUGAACUGAAGAAAAGAGCAUAUUUAGCUCGUUUUUUAAUAAAACUUGAGGUACCAAGUGAGUUUCUUCAGGAUGAAACUGUGGCUGACACCAAUAAACAGUAUGAAGAGUUAAUGGAAGCCUUUAAAACUUUGCAUAAAGAAUAUGAGCAGCUCAAGAUAUCUGGAUUUUCCACAGCAGAAAUAAGAAAGGAUAUCAGUGCAAUGGAAGAAGAAAAGGAUCAGCUCAUUAAGAGAGUUGAACAUUUGAAGAAAAGGGUUGAGACAGCUCAGAAUCAUCAAUGGAUGCUUAAAAUAGCAAGGCAACUUCGAGUUGAAAAAGAGAGAGAAGAAUAUCUUGCACAACAGAAACAGGAACAAAAGAAUCAGCUAUUUCAUGCAGUGCAAAGAUUGCAAAGAGUACAAAACCAGCUGAAAAGCAUGCGCCAAGCUGCAGCAGAUGCAAAGCCUGAAAGUUUAAUGAAGAGGCUAGAGGAGGAGAUAAAAUUUAAUUUAUAUAUGGUAACUGAAAAAUUUCCUAAAGAAUUAGAAAAUAAGAAAAAGGAAUUACAUUUUUUACAAAAAGUAGUUUCAGAGCCAGCUAUGGGCCAUUCUGAUCUUCUUGAACUUGAAUCUAAAAUAAAUGAAAUAAACACAGAAAUUAACCAGUUGAUUGAAAAGAAAAUGAUGAGAAAUGAGCCCAUUGAAGGCAAACUCUCACUGUAUAGGCAACAGGCAUCUAUCAUUUCCCGUAAAAAAGAAGCCAAAGCUGAGGAACUUCAGGAGGCCAAGGAGAAGUUAGCCAGCCUAGAGAGAGAAGCAUCAGUAAAGAGAAAUCAGACCCGUGAAUUUGAUGGUACUGAAGUUUUAAAGGGAGAUGAGUUCAAACGAUAUGUCAAUAAACUUCGAAGCAAGAGUACAGUUUUCAAAAAGAAGCAUCAGAUAAUAGCUGAACUUAAAGCUGAAUUCGGUCUUUUGCAGAGGACUGAAGAACUUCUUAAGCAACGUCAUGAAAAUAUUCAACAACAACUGCAAACUAUGGAGGAGAAAAAGGGUAUAUCUGGAUAUAGUUACACCCAAGAAGAGCUAGAAAGAGUAUCUGCACUGAAGAGUGAAGUUGAUGAAAUGAAAGGACGAACAUUGGAUGAUAUGUCUGAAAUGGUGAAAAAACUGUAUUCAUUGGUAUCUGAAAAGAAGUCAGCUCUUGCCUCAGUUAUAAAAGAGCUACGACAGUUGCGUCAAAAAUAUCAAGAACUGACCCAGGAGUGUGAUGAAAAGAAAUCCCAGUAUGAUAGCUGUGCAGCAGGCCUCGAAAGCAAUCGGUCCAAAUUAGAACAGGAAGUUAGAAGACUCCGUGAAGAAUGUCUUCAAGAAGAAAGUAGAUACCAUUAUACAAAUUGUAUGAUUAAGAACCUAGAAGUUCAACUUCGUCGUGCUACUGAUGAGAUGAAGGCAUAUAUCUCUUCUGAUCAACAAGAAAAAAGAAAGGCAAUUAGGGAACAGUAUACCAAAAAUACUGCUGAACAAGAAAACCUUGGAAAGAAACUUCGGGAAAAACAAAAAGUUAUACGAGAAAGUCAUGGUCCAAAUAUGAAACAAGCAAAAAUGUGGCGUGAUUUGGAACAAUUAAUGGAAUGUAAGAAACAGUGCUUUCUGAAACAACAAAGCCAAACUUCCAUUGGUCAGAAGAAUCUUUUAGGAACUAAUAUCUCUUGUUCUGAAGAAACAUUUAUCUGACGUUCAGCAGUUCCUACAGUUUUACUUCAGUUUAUUUUUCUUCUGUAAAAUGCAAGAAAAUUUAAUAUUUUGACUCACAUGUCUUUUCUGUUUGUAUAAUUUAAAGGCAAAUAAACUUGGUACGUAUUUCAUAUCUAUUUAAAAAAUGUA